AUGGGCUGCGCUUCAUCCGCAGAGGAGCGCGCCGCUCUAGCGCGAAGCAAACAGAUCGAGAAGAACCUCAAGGAGGAUGGCAUCCAGGCCGCCAAGGACAUCAAGUUGCUGCUCCUCGGUAAAAGAGCUUCCUAUCUCUUACCCGGUUACCAGUUGCGCGCGCACGUCCCAGUUUUGCCGGGUGGCUCCGGUAAAGCCGGGGCGGCAGGACGCGGCCGGAGCGUAUGCAGAGGGUGCGGUGAGAGCGCGCCCGGCUCGGGAGUCGGGGCGGACGGCAGCCAGAAGAAAGGAACAGCUGCCGACAUGGGGUGUACUCAGUCGGCUGAGGAACGCGCGGCGGCUGCCCGAAGCCGACAGAUCGAGAGGAACCUGAAGGAGGAUGGCAUUCAGGCUUCUAAAGACAUUAAAUUACUUCUGUUAGGUGCUGGUGAAUCGGGAAAGAGUACUAUAGUUAAACAAAUGAAAAUUAUCCACGAGAGUGGCUUCACAAAUGAAGACUUCAAACAAUAUCGGCCUGUCGUAUACAGCAACACGAUUCAAUCACUCGUCGCCAUCUUGCGUGCGAUGCCCAACCUGGGCAUCACCUACGGGAAUAAGGAUCGCGAGAGCGACGGCAAGAUGGUGUUUGAUGUAAUCCAACGGAUGGAGGACACGGAGCCGUUCAGCGAGGAACUGCUCGCGGCUAUGAAGAGACUGUGGGCGGACGCCGGCGUACAGGAGUGCUUCGGACGCUCUAAUGAGUACCAACUCAAUGACUCUGCUAAA